GCUCGCCGAGACCCGGAAGUAGCUGGUGGCGAUGGCGGCGGAGGGCAUGGGGCAGCAGUGGGUGCUGGUGGAGAUGGUCCAGGCCUUCUACGAGGCUCCAACAUACCAUCUUAUUUUGGAAGGCAUUCUGAUUCUAUGGAUAAUCAGACUACUUUUUUCAAAAACAUACAAACUUCAGGAGAGAUCUGACCUCACACCUAAGGAAAAGGAAGAACUAAUUGAAGAAUGGCAGCCAGAACCUCUUGUUCCUCCUGUAUCAAAAGAUCAUCCAGCUCUCAACUACAAUGUUGUUUCAGGGCCUCCAACCCAUAAAAUUAUUGUGAAUGGCAAACAGUGCAUAAAUUUUGCAUCGUUUAAUUUUCUUGGCCUUUUGGAUAAUGAAAGGGUCAAGAACGCGGCCCAGGCAUCUCUGGCAAAAUAUGGGGUUGGUUCUUGUGGCCCUAGAGGAUUUUAUGGAACUUUUGAUGUACAUUUAGAAUUGGAGGAUCGGCUUGCUAAAUUUAUGAAAACUGAGGAGGCUAUCAUAUAUUCCUAUGGGUUUGCUACGAUUGCCAGUGCUAUCCCUGCCUAUUCAAAACGAGGAGACAUUGUGUUUGUUGAUGAAUCAGUCUGCUUCGCUAUUCAAAAAGGCUUACAGGCAUCCAGAAGUAACAUUAAGUUUUUUAAACAUAAUGAUAUGGCUGAUCUUGAACAUCUACUAAAAGAACAAGAGAUAGAAGAUCAAAAGAAUCCUCGAAAAGCCCGAGUAACACGAAGAUUUAUUGUGGUUGAAGGUUUGUUCUUUAAUACUGGAGAUAUUUGUCUCCUUCCAGAAUUGGUGAAGUUAAAAUACAAAUACAAAGUGAGAAUAUUUUUGGAAGAAAGUCUUUCCUUUGGAGUGUUGGGAGAACACGGGCGAGGAGUUACGGAACAUUUUGGAAUAAAUAUGGAUGAUAUUGAUCUUAUAAGUGCAAAUAUGGAAAAUGCUCUGGCAUCUAUUGGAGGAUUUUGCUGUGGGCGAUCUUUUGUUGUUGACCAUCAGAGACUCUCGGGUCAGGGUUACUGCUUUUCAGCCUCUUUGCCUCCUCUAUUAGCUGCUGCUGCCAUUGAGGGCCUCAAUAUCAUGGAAGAAAAUCCAGGCAUUUUUCAAGUUUUACAACAAAAAUGUAAGCAAAUACAUAAAGCUUUGCAAGGGAUCCCUGGACUGCGACUGGUGGGACAGUCGCUUUCUCCUGCAUUGCAUCUCCAGUUGGAGGAAAGCACUGGAAUUCGAGAGGGCGAUAUGAGGUUACUGAAGGAGAUUGUAGACUACUGUAUGAAUAGAGGUAUUGCAUUAACUCAGGCUCGCUACCUGGAAAAAGAAGAAAAAUUUCUCCCAUCACCCAGCAUUCGAGUUGUAGUGACAGUAGAACAAACAGAAGAGGAACUGGACAAAGCUGCCUCACUGAUCAGGGAAGCUGCCGAGUUUGUGCUGAACUGAGGCCUGCAGAGUUGGAUGUUUGCUGCUCCUGUUUUCUACUGUGCAAUAAGUUGGCUUGCACUCCAAAGGUUCUUCGGCAUCAUCGAAUGGAACUGAGGCCUCCAAUUCCCCUGAGUCAUUCCAGAAUUUAAAACAAAAUCACAAAUAUGGAAAUACUAAACACAGACUGUAUGUACAGAACUCAGCUCUAUUUUUAUGCAUUGUUUAAACUGGAGAUCAUUGUUACACUGGUAUUUUACAUUCUUUUUGCUUCCGUUCAUCAAAGGGCCUUAUUCCUUUCCAUAGUUCUCUAAAUGUGUAUUAUAAAACAAGCUAUUUUUUGAAAGUUGAUUGUAUAAUGCUAAUGAGCAUGAAAAAAUAUGAAAACUUAAAGAAUAUUCUUAAUUUAACUUUUCUUAAUGAAAAUAUUAAAAAUAUCUUUUCCACAUACACAAAAGCUCCUGGUAUCGUUGAGCUGGAUAAUUAAAUGCUAUUGUGGGAUCCUUCUUUUGAAUUAUAUACUUACAUAACGUUUAUUACACUGGGUAUGUGGGAAUUUAUACACUAACUUUUUAAAAAGAUAAUUUCAUUUUUGAAAUUCUCAGAGGCAGUUCUUAAGUAGCUUGUCAAAUUUACAUCAAAUGUCACAUGGCACUGCCUCAUACAAUAUAAAUGGACCUUCUUUUGAUUUGCCCAUAUGUUUAACUUUUGUACUGAUGCCCGUAUCACUAAUGUUGUGCAGCUAUGGAGCUUACAAGAGAGAGGUGGAGCUCUCAUUAAUUAUUGGAUUGAGCAGCACCAAAUGCACACAGGGAUUUCUGCACUGAAAAAGGGGGCAAAGUCAGCAUGUGUGAUUUGUCUGUACUAAAGCAUACACAUUGAACAAGUGUAUGAAUCUUGGGGCCUCAUUACACUAGAGAAUAAAUCCAUUUUAAAUCUGGUUGCUACCUCCUGCGGAAUUCUGGGGUUUGUCGUUUAGGGAGGAGCCUUUAAGAGCCUCACUAAACUACAAACCCCAAAAUUCUGCAGGAGGCAGAAACUGGAUUUUAAGUGGAUUUAUUGUCUACUGUGAUGAAGUGGGGGCCCUUUUAUAGUGCAUAAAUUGCUAAACAAGUUCAUUUGGUCCUGAUCUUUGUAUUGUGCAUAUUUGCUUGACAGUAUCUCCGAACAUCUCAAAUUGUAAAUGAUUAUGUUUCAUUUCAAGAAAUCAAAAGGCUCCAAAAUCCUGCUCGGAAAGCACUACUUUCUAAUAGUCAAGAUAUACUGGUGGAUACAGGUAAGCUGCAGCCGUUCAUUUUACAGGAGUUACAAUAUGUCCGUUUUUUAUCUUCUGUCCUUCUUCCAACCUUCAGAAAAACUUGGCAUGUUGUGAUUUAUGUAAUCUGAAUUGUCCCAAUGUUGUGCUCCAAAUUUCUGUCAUCGGCUGCUUUGAAGACAUUCAAUUAUAUCUUUGUUGUUUCUACACUCUUGUGCCUUUUUUUGGUUGCUGCUAUGUGGACUCCAGUGCUAUAUUUGAGACUUAUUAUUUUUUAAAUAAAUAUAUAUAUUUGAUCCAG